UGAAUUUUACACAUCAGAGAAUAAAGAAUAUAGUUAAAAAGUGAGUUUGCGGAAGCAUUAAAAAUAUAAAUUAAUUUUUAACUGCCAAAAUAGUUAAGCUGUUACGUACAGGAUACAUAUUUUAUAUAGUAAUAGUAAAUUAAUUUAAUACAUAUAGCAUAAAGACACUUCAAGAUGAAGGUUUGCUUAUUACUUUUGGCCGUUGUGGCCUUUGUGAGUCUCUCACAUGGUGAAGAGAAAAAAGAAAAGGAUAAGGACAUUGGCACAGUGAUUGGUAUCGAUUUGGGAACAACAUACUCCUGUGUUGGUGUAUAUAAAAAUGGACGUGUAGAAAUUAUUGCCAACGAUCAAGGUAAUCGCAUCACACCAUCUUAUGUAGCAUUUACUGCUGAUGGUGAGCGUCUGAUUGGUGAUGCUGCUAAGAAUCAGUUGACAACAAAUCCUGAGAAUACAGUAUUCGAUGCCAAGCGUCUCAUUGGUCGUGAAUGGUCAGAUUCCAAUGUCCAACAUGAUAUCAAAUUCUUCCCAUUCAAGGUUGUAGAAAAGAAUUCAAAACCACACAUCAGUGUAUCCACGGCUCAAGGCAACAAAGUAUUUGCCCCUGAAGAAAUUUCCGCUAUGGUUUUGGGUAAAAUGAAGGAAACCGCUGAGGCUUAUCUUGGCAAGAAAGUUACACACGCUGUGGUUACUGUGCCAGCUUAUUUCAAUGACGCUCAACGUCAGGCCACCAAAGAUGCUGGUGUCAUUGCUGGUUUGAACGUGAUGCGUAUUAUUAAUGAACCUACCGCCGCCGCUAUUGCUUACGGUUUGGAUAAAAAAGAAGGAGAGAAAAAUGUGUUGGUAUUCGAUUUGGGUGGUGGUACUUUUGAUGUCUCGUUGCUAACCAUCGACAAUGGUGUAUUCGAGGUAAUUGCCACCAAUGGUGACACUCACUUGGGUGGUGAAGAUUUCGAUCAACGUGUAAUGGAUCACUUCAUCAAAUUGUACAAGAAGAAGAAGGGUAAGGAUAUACGCAAAGACAACCGUGCUGUUCAGAAAUUGCGUCGUGAGGUAGAGAAGGCGAAACGUGCUUUGUCUGGUUCUCACCAAGUUCGUAUUGAAAUCGAAUCUUUCUUCGAGGGUGAAGACUUCUCAGAAACUCUAACCCGUGCAAAAUUCGAAGAAUUGAAUAUGGACUUGUUCCGCUCAACCCUAAAACCAGUCACCAAAGUUCUUGAGGAUGCUGAUAUGAAUAAGAAGGAUGUACAUGAAAUUGUUUUGGUUGGUGGUUCUACACGUAUUCCAAAAGUACAACAACUUGUCAAAGACUUCUUUAGCGGCAAGGAACCAUCUCGCGGUAUUAACCCUGAUGAAGCUGUUGCCUAUGGUGCUGCUGUUCAAGCUGGUGUACUUUCGGGCGAACAAGACACCGAUGCCAUUGUUUUACUUGAUGUCAAUCCAUUGACUAUGGGUAUUGAAACUGUUGGUGGUGUGAUGACAAAAUUGAUUCCUCGUAAUACUGUAAUCCCAACCAAGAAAUCGCAAAUCUUCUCUACUGCAUCUGACAAUCAGCAUACAGUUACCAUCCAAGUUUACGAAGGUGAACGUCCAAUGACUAAGGAUAACCAUUUGCUUGGCAAAUUUGAUCUCACUGGCAUUCCACCAGCUCCACGCGGUAUUCCACAAAUCGAAGUAUCAUUCGAAAUCGACGCCAACGGCAUUUUACAAGUUAGUGCCGAAGAUAAGGGUACAGGCAACAAGGAAAAGAUUGUCAUUACUAACGAUCAGAACCGUUUGACUCCUGAAGAUAUUGAUCGCAUGAUCCGCGAUGCUGAAAAGUUUGCCGAUGAUGACAAAAAACUGAAAGAGAAGGUCGAGACCCGCAACGAAUUAGAAUCAUACGCCUACAGUUUAAAGAACCAAAUUGGCGAUAAAGACAAAUUGGGUGGUAAAUUGAGUGAUGAUGAAAAGACCAAAAUGGAAAGCGCAAUCGAUGAUACCAUCAAAUGGAUGGAACAAAACGCCGAUGCGGAUCCAGAAGAGUACAAGAAACAAAAGAAGGAUUUGGAAUCGAUUGUGCAACCCAUUAUUGCCAAACUGUACCAAGGAGCAGGUGGUGCACCACCAACUGAAGAAAGUGAUGAUGAUGCGAAGGACGAGCUGUAAGGGGAGGAUGGAGUAAACAAUUAGUCCUUAAUACAUUUACUAUUAAUUUCAUUUAGUUGUUAAAACUGAUAUAGAAAAUUUCAGACUGAUACACUCUUAAACAAAAUAAGUUUAAUAAAUUUCGAAGAUCUAAUACGAAGAAAAAAUGAAA